CCUAAAGCCGCCGCCGCCGAUUGGCAGAGUUCUUGUGGCUGCCGCGACGCGGAGUAUGGGGUUCUGAUGGCCAUGGACGGCUACAAGGGCUUUCUGGGGCUGCUGGUGUCGGCGCUGCUCGUCGGCUUCCUGUCCGUGAUCUUCACCCUCAUCUGGGUCCUCCACUACCGGGAGGGACUCGGCUGGGAUGGGACGGCGCUCGAGUUUAACUGGCACCCGGUGCUCAUGGUCACGGGCUUCGUCUUCAUCCAGGGCAUCGCCAUCAUCGUAUACAGACUGCCAUGGACCUGGAAAUGCAGCAAGCUCCUGAUGAAAUCCAUCCAUGCCGGUUUGCACACGGUUGCUGCCAUUCUCGUAAUUAUCUCUCUGGUGUCCGUUUUUGAUUUCCACAAUGCCUUGAGUAUCCCCAACAUGUACAGUCUACACAGCUGGGUUGGACUGACGGUUGUCAUACUCUACAUCUUACAGCUUGUCCUCGGGGUCUUCAUCUUCCUGCUUCCUUGGGCUCCACUUUCCCUCCGAGCGCUUGUCAUGCCCAUGCAUGUUUAUUCGGGGCUCCUCAUCUUCGGAACGGUGAUUGCGGCGGUACUUACGGGAGUGACUGAGAAACUGCUCUUUGCCCUGAAUAGUUCUGGAUACAGUAAAUUCCCACCAGAAGGUGUUUUCACAAAUACCCUUGGCCUCCUGAUUGUGGUAUAUGGGGCGCUCAUUUUUUGGAUAGUGACCAGACCACAAUGGCAACGUCCUAAGGAACCAAAUUCUGUCCUGCUUCAGCCAAAUGGGAGUUCUCGAGAGGGACCAGAAGGCUUAGCAGUCAACUUCGGCAAUGUGGACACAUCAGAUUCAAAAUUAAACAGUGAAGCAGCAGCAAAGAAAAGAAACGUCACCGUUGAUGAGGCUGGACAGAGAUCCACCAUGUAAAAUGUUGUAGAGAUGUGACCAUAUUACUUCACUUUUAAAAACCAACUCUACAGUUUAGCUCCUCCUAUUUAGCCCCAAGAUGAUUGAGCUCCGCAGUCCAUAUUUAUUUUAAUCAUAAAGUGGGAUUCCUUGGAAGAGUUUGUAUUGAUUGAGGCCUAUGAUCUUACCUGAAUUGGAAAUGACAUGAUCUGUGUAAAUAAUAGAAGAUACAAAUGGUUAUGUUACCUCUUUCUUGUUGAGGACCAAAACAUUUAGCACAGUGCCUUGCAUAGAACACAUCAUCAAAAUAUGUCUCUCACAAAAACAAAACAAAACAAACAAACAAAAAAACACCACCACCCCCAAAAAACAACCAAAAAAAAAAAAAAACCAAAACCAAAAAUGUGUUUCUCCGCUGGUAAAUUUCAUCAGUCGGUAGCUUCUCUGGCCUCUUGUCACGCAGUUAUUUCCUGUUCAUUCUGGGAAUCCAGUCCUAAAGUUUUAGAAUCAAAUCUGGGGCAGGGUUUAUGUUACACAGAUAACAAAACAAGUACAGAAAAAAUUUAGGAAAGUGGUUUCCUUCUCCCUGCGCGUGCCCCCUGCUCACUGCCCAAGGAGUUUGGGCUCAGAUUGGCCCUGGAGACCAGGGUUUGUUUGUAUUAGUGCGUUUUGGAGCAGUGACUGAGCCAAAGAUAGCUAAAGAGAUUUUAUCUUGUCAGACCUGGAAGUUUUUCCAAAACUCAGCUUCGUCCCAAGGCUUCCUUGGGGUUUGGUAUAUUCUAACCCAGAUUGCAAAACCUAAUUAGAAUGGACUAUGCCUGAAAGCUUACGUAGCAUAGACUGCUCUCCACCCCUCAAAGAGCACUUUUUCCCGUUUCUGUUUUUACUGCAAAAACUAUUUACAUGGCACUUACUACAUGCCAGACACUAUUCUAAGCACUUUAUAAUCAUUAACUCGUUCAGUCCUCAGACUUUAUGCUGUAGGUAUUAUUAUUAUCUCCAUUAGACAGCUGGGAGAUCUGAAGCUUAGAAAGGUUAGUAACUUCCCCCAAGGUCAUACAGCUCAUUAGUGGUAGAACUGAGAUUUGUCACAUGGCUGAGUCCUCGCUCCAUGACCCUCACCACUUCACUCUGCUACAGUUUCUAUUAUAUACUAGUUUGUAGCUACUCUGACUCACUCCUGGAUAAACCCCAGUUGCUGGAGUGCGGUGGAGUUGUUAAAGUUUACCUUCCGCUCUCUCUUCCAAGGCAGGUUCCUCAAAUAACCAAGGAAAGAGGCCCACCCAUACCUGGAAAUAGGUCAUCGCACCCCGCCGCUGCCAGCAAGCCGUGACCCACCUUGAUGCCCUUUUGAUCUUAAAAUUGUGUCUUGGUGACAAAGAAAGGUUUGGGCAAAAACAUCUGUAACUUUAAAGAUUAAUCGAUUACAGUUUUUGGUCUUCAGCAUCUUAGUUGCUGAAUAGCUUUGGGUUUGGAGACAGGAGAGACUCACCUCAUGGUCUGCCCUUCCCAGUGGCAAUAGCCAAGGUCCUUCCUGAUGUUGGUGGAGUUUUAGGGAAUAUCUGGAGCUUUGGGUUCUCCGUAUGAAAUGAGACUCAGAGGUGACCUCUCUUGUGCAUGGAGACCUGCGUCUAAUCUCGGGGCUGACUUAAAUUAAAACCUAAAGUAGUGGGGCUCCUGGGUGGCUCGGUCGGUUGAGCGUCUGACUCUUGGUUUCAGCUCAGGUCAUGAUCUCAUGGGUGGCGGGAUGGAGCUCUGCCUUGGGCUCAGUGCUCAACAGGGAGUCUCCUUGAAGAUUCUCUCCCUCUGUCCCUCCCCUGACUCGUGUGCAUGUACAUGUGCUCGCUCUCUCUCUCUAAAAUAAAUAAGUAAAUCAUUAAAAAGAUGAAACACUAGAGUAGUGCCUAUGCUGAAAUGAUACUUUUCAUUUGGGUUUUUUUUUUGGUUUCCCUGUGAUUUUAAACUGGAGCUUUUUAAUGUGGGUAAAAACAUUAAAGUUUACACCAAACACACUUAACCUUUUUGGUGCUUAGCGGAGUUCCUUUUAAGUUAAGUGGUAAUUACCUCCAUAGACUGAAUAUGAGUUUUAGUCCCUCAUACUGGUUAAGGUUCAUGGCUGACCAUUGAAGAUUCCCUUGCCAAAACACUUUUCUUCCUAUUUAAUUCUAUUUCCAAAAUUGGUAAUGGUGUCAUAAGUAUGCCCAGUGCCUAGCCCAAUGCCUGGCACAUAGUAGGCACGAUUAAAUUCAAUACGGGUAGAGCAUGCUAUAAUUUUGGUGUGAAGUAGAAAGAAUAACUUCGUUGUCACACACAAACACAUUUUUGAUAAAUGGACGUUUCUUUAUACAGAGGUGUCCCAAAUUCCAGGAGUUUUUUGGGGGGAAAGGGGGUCAGUGACAGCACCAAUGAUUGAAGCUGCCAUUCCAUUUUACAAAGGCCAAGGAAGAGGUUACUAGUGAAAAGUUAAUUACGGAUUUGGCAUGAGAAUAUUCUAUUCCAUUGCAAAGUAUUUGAGCACCCAUCAUCUCAGCCCUUUAUUUUCUCUCUCUUGUGGGCUAAUGCGAGAGCAAUCGUAUGGAUAUUAUAAGAACUUUUUUCUUUCUCAACCUUUAUGAAAACAAUGCAUAGUAAAAUAUAUCUAGAAAACCUUUCUGAGACUCUGCUUUUAAUGGGCUUUUUAUUCUAAGGGUAAUUGUACCUUUAUCUUUCAAAAGCUGGUAUUUCCUACCUAAAGCCAUCUCUUCCCAAAAUAUCUCAUUAAAAAGUCCACAAAAAGAAAAAGGGGAAAAAAAGCCUUAGGUAUCAUUUCCAAAACAGUGAUUGAAAUCUUCCCAAAUAAUUAUAGCUUGUAUCAUCAGCAGAGGUAGUCUGGCUUGGCUUACCCCAUAAUCUAAUUUCAGGGGUGGCGGGGAGAGGGGAGCUUUAUUUUAACACUCAUCUAAAUCAACACUAAAGCCUUUUCUCUGGAAGGAUUUAUUGAGAAACUCAAAUGAAUAUGCUUUUUGAAUUAAUGUUUUCAAAGGCGUUCAGCUCCCUGUGCUUGUGUCAGACUGAAUUCACCCUCCAGAACACUUGCCUUGCCUUGUGUGGUUUCGUUUAAGCUGUGCUGGUUAGAAACAGCAACUCAGACCUUACAAUCAAAUGACAAAAAAGGCAAUUGGACUUUUUCAGGAAUACUGACAAGUGGUUUCUGUUUUCUAAAGGACAAAAUAAAGAGAAUGUCUUGUUUUUAAUUAGGCUCUUUUCCCUGCUGAGCUGAAAAUUGCGGUACCAUACCGGUUGACCACAACUGCCAGAUCUAAAAGCUCAAAGAAAGAAGUAAAGUGUUAUGCUAAUUUUAUUGCCAUGUGAUGGAAUUUUUUAUCUUGUUAUGUCCUUUCUUAGAGAACUCAGAGGGAAAACUGUAACUGCUGUGUCUCAGAUCUGCACAUAGGAGAGUAUAGAACAAAGAAAACUAUUAUUCUUUAUCCCUUAGGAGAUACCUGAAAACUUUUAAGUGGAAAAGAUGACUGUGUUGAAAUUUGCCUUCUUAUGGAAAAAUUAUUAUGUAGCCCAAAUAUUUUAUGAUGUUGUAGAAAAAAUAUGCAUCUAUUUUUCCUUGACUUGUUUUUAUAUAGUAAUAAAAGUUAUUUUGGAAGCUA